AUGGCGCGGAAAGGUAGUCGUAAGGUCCGAACUGGAUGUCUGACUUGCAAAAUCCGCAAAAUCAAGUGUGACGAGGGCAAACCUUUCUGCAAUCGGUGUACUAGCACUGGCCGCAAAUGCGAUGGAUAUUCCGUAGAGCCCGCUUCUGUGCUUCGAUGGCAGCGUCCUCAAACGCUUCAGAUCGACUCGACAUCCAACGACGAAGAGUCUCGGGCUUUGCGGUAUUACUGCGAUCACGUUGCCCCGUUUAUAGCCGGCCCUACUGAUCCAUACUUUUGGACCCAUCUCGUCGUUCAGUUCACCAAUUUUGAACCAGCGGUGAAGCAUUCAGUCAUCGCCAUCGGCUUAUUGUAUGGAAACAUACAAACCGGCGUGAAUCCACACAUGGAUAGUUUAGCUCUGAGGCAUUACAAUGCUGCCAUCUAUGAGUUGAAGCCAGUAGAAAACAAGGGGCUAGUCUUGUUAGUUUGUGUGCUGUUCGUCUGCAUCGAGCUUCUGCAGUCCAACAGCGAAGCGGCUAUUGGCCACCUCAACCACGGCGUUGCCAUACUGGAGAGCUCCGACACGGAGUCGGGUAUUCGGGAGCACUUGUUACCGAUAUUCCGACGCCUGUGCUUGCUCCCUAUUUCUUCCAGGGCCAGCAACAGCGAGGUCUUUGAUCCCGAAAUUUGCAGAUGCCCGAUCCCGACCUCUUUCGUCACAUUCGCGCAAGCACAAUCUACCAUCGACUACCUCUUCAACCAGACGAUGCAACUUGUCCGGUUUGGCGAUGAAUACCGGUUCGGGUCCUUGAGGCAUCAGAUUCCCCACGCCGGCCUACUCGACCGGCAAAACAGCAUCCGCACAUCAUUACACCAAUGGUCCGCUUUAUGGGAGGACUUGGAUUCGAGGUCAAAAUCAGCGACCGCCCGAAUCAGAGGGGGCCCGAGGAUACACGCUUUGUUGAAAUACGAAGUCUCAUCCAUCUGGGCCGACAUGGCCUUCGCCACAGAUGAAUCCGGUUACGACCAAUACCUCGAAAGGUUCCGCCAAAUCGUCGACCAAACGUCCAAAUACGCAGAGUCCCAAGCUGGCAGUCAGCCGCCUCACUUCCUCUUCGAAGCAGGUUUCACCCCGUUCCUAUUCUUCAUUGUGUCCAAGUGCCGUGCUCUGGACAUACGACUCGAGGCUCUGAGAUUGUUGGCAACGCUUGGAUCACCCUGCGAAGCGACGUGGAACAAGGGCGAGCUUUACUGUAUCGCUCGUCGGCUGAUCGAGCUAGAGCACAACAUAAGCCUCGACUCGUUCGGUCAGCUCCAGUACACAGAGCCGGAUUCGUGCCUCAGACUGCCGCUGGAUGUGAUGAGAGUGCGGCACUUCGCACCCGUGAGCGGUGCCCAGUGGCAGUUUUCAUUGCAUGGUGACUCUGGCGGUAGCUCCAAAGUGAGUUUCUACAUGUGCACACCCGCGAACACGCUAUAUCUGCAUGAAGAGGUUCUCGGGUGUGAGUAUUAUUCUGAUCUGUCGACUCUGGACGGGGCCUACGAAUCGUAUGCCAGCAGUCCGGGGAGCCUUGAGGGAUGA